AUGUGUUUCAUGGUCAUUUUCUCUCUGUAUUUUCUAACAGGGACAGGAACAUCACCAACACUAAAACAUUCAUUGACCGCAAGUACAAACAAACCAGCAACAGAUCCAACAACAACAACACAUUUGGUUAAGAAUAACCAAACAACGUCAAAACAAGUGACGAGCGAAACCAGGUUACUUCUUGGGUUGACCUCAAAACCACAACUACCAGAGACGACCAAAUCCAUAUCAGAAACGUUACAACCAGCAUCGGUCCAAACAAAACCUUCAUCAGAAAAGUCACAACCAGCCUCAGCCCAAUCAACUCCAACAUCAAGGACGUCCCAGUCAGCGUCGACACAAUCAACACCUUCACCAGAAACGUUACAACUAGCGUCGGCCAAAUCAACACCUACAUUAGAGACCUAUCACCCAGCGUCGGCCCAAACAGCAUCCAAACAAGAGACGUCACAACCAGCGUCGGCCCAAACAACACAAGAGACGUCACAACCAGCGUCGGCACAAUCAACACCAACAUCAGAGACAUCACCACCCGCGUCGGCCAGAUCAACACCUACAUCAGACACGUCACAACCAGCGUCGGCCCAUACAACACCUACAUCAGAGACGUCAAAACCAGCGUCGGACCAAUCAACACCUACAUCAAAGACGUCGAAACCAGCGUCGGCCCAAUCAACGCCGACAUCAGAGAUGUCACAACCAGUGUCGGCCCAAUCAACUUCUAUACCAGAGACGUCACAACCAACGUCGACCAAAUCAACACCGGAGACGUCACAAUCAUCGUCGGUUCAAUCAACAUCCAAACCCGAGACGUCACAACCAGCGUCGACCCAAACAAAACCUACAUCAGUAACGUCACAAACAGCGUCGACCCAAAAAACAUCUGAACCAAAGACGUCAGAGUCAGCGUCGGCCCAAACAGCAUCCGAACCAGAGACGUUACAACCAGUGUCGGCCCAAACUACACCACGACCAAAGACGUCACAAUCAGCGUCGACCCAAACAAAACCUACAUCAAUAACGUCACAAACAGCGUCGACCCAAUAAACAUCUGAACCAAAGACAUCACAGUCAGCGUCGGCCCAAACAGCAUCCAAACCAGAGACGUUACAACCAGUUUCGACCGAAUCAACGCCUUCAUCAGA